AUGGAUUGGUCAAUGGAGACUAUGAAACAACAUAAUGAGCUUUACAGAGGUAGCAAAAGCUCAAACAUCACAGGUUCAUAUGGAAGAGGAAUUGGUACGAUUCAUCAAAAACUACCCGAUCAAAUAGGAGUUUUUAGGACAACUCCAAACUCAAAAAGAGUAUUCAAAACCUAG